UUCGCUUCCAAAGAACAGCGACUCGCUCUAGUGUUUUACUUGUAUCUUGCAUUAUUAUUAAGUAGUUCUUUUGUUACUAAAACAUUAUUUUUCAUUAACAUAAAUAGAGCUUCCUGCCAACGAAAUAAUAUGUCCGCACGUGACGGUGCAUCGAAAAAGAUGGGUCGUCCAUCGGUCAACAUUGCGAUCAACCCGAGUGCCAACCUUCCCGUUGGAUCGGCGACUGCAGCCGGAGCAAGCGGCACACUGAAUGGUCUGGAGGGAGCUACCGGUGAUUAUGUGCCGGUAUUUUUCGACGAAAUCUCGCAAAUUAUGCGUGGAUAUGGGGACUGUGAGAAACCAUUGCGAGAAUCGGUUAUUCUGGUGGAGAAAAUUGUCCUGCAUCAGUUGAGAGGAAUUAUGCAGGAAGCAAUCGAUCAUGCCAUGUCCAGGCAGAACUCGCCGGUACUGUCGAGGAGGGAUUUCGAGUAUAUAAUGAGAAAGAACCCUGUGAGAGUUGCAAGGCUGCAGAAGUAUUUCAGGGAUAUGGCUUUCGUGAAAAAGAAGAUGAAGGAUUUGUAUGGAGAUAGGUUCUCAGCCCUUGGGGAUUUGGGAUCGAAUUUGGACGAGUCGGAUGAGGAUUCUGAUCGGGACGUGUCGGAGAAGUUUGAUGAGGAGAAGGUGAGGAGGCUGUUUCGUGCGGAUCGGAUCUCACAGAUACUGGCCGGGAAGCAGUACGAGGAGUUUAAUUUGGCACGGAGGACGUCGUUUAUGCACCGGAAUACGAAUACCAUGAAGAAUCGGAUGCGAUCGUGGUUGAAUUUUCCGGAGGAUGUGAUCAUUUCGCAAAGUUGUCUACUGACGCUGUCGUAUUUGGCACAUGAGACGAUUGCGGUCCUGGUGGAUUUCUGUAUUUUGACUAGAUUAAAUUCGUCGAACCGGGCAGUGGAACCGUACAGCCGUGUCACGUCGUCAGGAACAUCUCACUCUAUGCUACAUCUCUGCCCUGAAGUGACACAUGGACGGGGAGUCGAUGGUGUGAAACCCAUCACGCCACAGGAAAUUCACGAAGCAAUGCGACGGCAUCGACAGAUGGCUACGCAAAACAUGGGACACUUCCGAAAUAAUGCUCUCAAUUGUAAGACGCCCUAUUUGGCGAUGUAGUUCAACGCUAACAUAUUCAACACAAUAUUGUUCCUCAAGGAAACCAUUCUAUUGAUUCGACAGUAGAAAGUAAUUCAU